GAGAGAGAGAAAGAGAGAGAGAGAGAGAGAGAGAGACCAGGCUCUUUCUAAUUCCUGGCUCUUAAUUAGCACCUGAGGAGCACCGUAACGGAGUUGGUCAGCCAGGGAGGAUGGUGCCGUUUCUUUUAGGAGCCGGCCACCGCCAAGAGAUAGAGAAGGAAAGGUCGUCCAGGAGAAACUGAGAGGUGUCGCCCGUCAGUCUUCGGCUCGUCUUCGCCGGAUAGUGUGAAAUAUCGCGCCCAAGUGUUACGAGUCCUGGCCACGAGGGCUGGUCAGCAGUUGAAAUCGGUGUUGCUAGGUGCGACCGACGACAUCCGCGUUCAACGUUCUCCACUCCCUCUCUUUUUCUUACUUUUUUUCUUUCUUUCUUUCUUUCUUUCUUUCUUUCUUUCUUUCUUUCUUUCUUUCUUUCUUUCUAUCCUUCUAUCUAUCUAUCUAUCUAUCACUCUCUCUUUCUUUCUUUUUUUUUUCUCUCGAACAUUCAUUCGUAUCUUUGUACCAGCUUUUCUGCUUUCUAUCUCUUUUCACAUCGACCUUUUUCUAAUCGUUUAUCACAUUCGUCAACUUCAUCUAAUUGAACUAGCGACUUCGGAGAGGGAGAAACGUGAUUUGAUUGAUCAACGAGAAAAAUUAAAAAGAGGGAGAGAGAAAAAGAAAAGUAGAAAGAUGCAAUCAGGCAAUACGAAUCUCGGUAUGUCUCCUGUACAUUCUUCCUGUCGAGAAAAAGAUCGACAGAGAGGACAGGAGCGACAAGAUACCGAAAAUGAACAUGAAUUAGAACAAGAAGAGGAUGGUGAACAAGCUCGAGCAAUGUCUAAGGAAACCAAUAAGAAAUCAAACGAUGAUCGAGAUUCUUUGUCCAGGCAAAAUAUCUGCGUUACGUCGAUGUCCUCCAAUCAGAACUUACCCCUAUCUCUUUCAUUAGAGGACAGAGAAUUAUGGACUAGAUUUCAGUGUAUCACUAACGAGAUGAUCGUCACGAAAAAUGGAAGACGAAUGUUUCCGGUGGUUAAAGUAUUAGCACAGGGCCUGGAACCAGCAGCCAUGUACACUCUUUUACUUGAAUUCGUACAAGUAGAUCCUCAUAGAUGGAAAUACGUAAACGGUGAAUGGGUUCCCGGUGGAAAAGCAGAAAUCGCACCUCCAAAUCCGAUUUACGUUCAUCCAGAGAGUCCAAAUUUUGGUGCUCACUGGAUGAAAGAAGCAAUAUCAUUUGCUAAGGUGAAACUCACCAACAAGGCUAACGGGAAUGGACAGAUCAUGUUAAAUUCGCUACACAAAUACGAGCCGCGUGUGCAUCUGGUUCGAGUUGGAGCCGAAGAACAGAGAACUGUUCUCACCUAUCGUUUUCCUGAGACACAGUUCAUAGCAGUGACAGCAUAUCAGAACGAGGAAGUGACAAGCUUAAAGAUAAAAUAUAAUCCAUUUGCUAAAGCUUUCUUGGAUGCAAAAGAAAGACCAACUGACACUCAAACGUAUCCUCAAUACUCAAGUGCUUGGUUCAUACCGCAGCCAACGAUGGGAUGUGAGUAUAGUACAUCCGGAAUAAUGGCGCCUCAAAAUCAAGCACAAAACGUCGUUAACAAUCACCUUACUCAUUCUUACACCGUUUCUACUAGUGGACGUAGAAAUACUUGUAGGGUAACACCAUAUUCUUUGAGACACAAAUAUGCUCAAGAUGAGGAACACUUAGAUCCAUAUGGGACCGUUCCACUCCUACAUUCAACGACCUAUGUAACACCAUCCAGUUGGUCACCACGAAGUCCGGAAUCCUUACAAAGUUUAAAUCCAGCGUGCAUACCACCUCCACCUUCACAAGAAUGGGCAGCUUCACCUUCGCCAUCACCAACAUCUUCUUCGCACACUACACUAGCUAGAACGGUCGUUGGAACAAUGACACCGACCAGUGUGACCGGAUGUACACUUUACGUCCCAGCAAGUUUACCUUGCAAUUCAAUGUCACAGGAUCAUCCCCAUAACUCAGACUCAUCCGCUUGGAUACAUUCCAUGGCUCUAUCCGACCAACAACAUCAUCAACAACAGCAACAGCAACAACAACAAUCCUAUUUAAAUUUAAAUUUGCAUCUCCAUCAUCAGAUGCCACCUUACACUACGGUAUCUCACGGUGGACUACAUCACGUUUUACAUCCAACCGAUAACGAAACAAUUCCUUCAGCCAAUCCAGCAGAAUAUUCGAUUCAUGAGUAUCAUCAUGCACCUGUAUCUCCAGUACAAUCGACGACACCUGAUCAACAUCUACACAAACAGCAGCAUCACAAUAUGCAAAUGUUACAUCUUCAACCUCUUUCACAAACCGAAACUACGUCACCAAAUGCUGGAGAAUAUGAUGAUCCUUCUAAGGAACAUCAACAUGUACCUGGUGUUUGUCCUAAUCAAGCUGUCGAAACCCUAAAUAAUGUACAAUCCGAUGAUGAACGCAGGUGCCUAGCUGUGGUGAUAGAUCGUCACAAUCAUCAUCGACAAAACAAUCAACUGACUAAUACCGAUCAACAAACUAACGCUUGGACGCCUUUGACACCACCACCUGCUCCUCAAACAACGGCUAUUUGAUUUACAUUUAUAAUACAUACGAGCAAAUAAUAUAUUAGGUGGUUUCUUUCUACGAAACUAUAUAUAUAUAUUCGCAUAUAUUUGAACGAAAGUUCUAGCGAGUAUCGACUAGCGAGUAAUCGGAUUUUCAAGUGGCCUUAGAUAAUAAUAUUUUUCAUUAAACACUUUCUCAUUUAAUGAUUCAUAUAUUUUCGCAUCGUUGUUGAUCCUACGAAAGCUUCACGUAUAUCUUACUUGUAAGUAUACCUUUCCAUAAAUAUAAAUAUAUCACUACCUACAGAAAAAAAUAACACGUAAAUCAUAUAUAUUACAUACUGAAUUUUAUAAAAUUAUAUUUGUUUAUAUUAUUACAAAUAUAUAGAAAGAGAUAGAGAU